GCCGUGUCGCAUUCAAACAACUGAGUGGGAAACGGGCGCCGUAUGCCUACUUGAACGAGUGCUGAAGACGAGAGAGGGGAGCUCGGACGGGAACCGACCGCCAAAUGACAUGUCUCAACACAAGCGCUAAGUGCGGCUCGGGAAUAACCGCGUCGAUCCCAGACCCCGCACACCCCGAACGGCGCUAGUUUAGACGGCCACGCCCCGCAAGCCAGCGACCCGAGAGCCACCCCCCGCCCCACUCCCCGAAUUCAACUGCUGGCGGCGAACAAGCGAGGCUGCUCUCUCGGGGAACCAUGAGGGAGUACAAAGUGGUGGUCCUCGGCUCCGGGGGCGUCGGCAAAUCCGCGCUGACCGUGCAGUUCGUGACGGGCUCCUUCAUCGAGAAGUACGACCCCACGAUAGAGGAUUUCUACCGGAAGGAAAUCGAGGUGGACUCCUCGCCGUCCGUGCUGGAGAUCCUGGAUACGGCCGGCACCGAGCAGUUCGCGUCCAUGCGAGACUUGUACAUCAAAAACGGCCAGGGCUUCAUCCUGGUCUACAGCCUGGUCAACCAGCAGAGCUUCCAGGACAUCAAGCCCAUGCGAGAUCAGAUCAUUCGGGUGAAACGGUGCGAUAGGGUGCCCAUGAUCCUGGUUGGCAACAAAGUGGACCUUGAAGGGGAACGGGAGGUGUCGUCAGGUGAGGGCAAGGCGCUGGCGGACGACUGGAACUGUCCCUUCAUGGAGACCUCGGCUAAGAACAAGACCUCGGUGGACGAGCUGUUCGCCGAGAUAGUCCGCCAGAUGAACUAUGCGUCCACACCGAAUGGCGACGACCAGUGUUGUUCGGCUUGUGUCAUCUUGUAAGGGAAACUUCGGCUCCUCGAUCGCCGUUUUUGUUUUAUGUUUUUUUGCAAUGUGUGUUGCAGCAAGUGUGUCUUCUUGGCAUCACAGCCUUGCCUCAAAGGAAAAAUGAAGAGGAAUGCUGCAGGGGAACAAGAGGAGGAAAAGGAGGGAAGCAACUGAGGUGGAGGGGAGGGCUCCAUCCACUCUUCAGGAAUUCUGCAGCGUCAGAGAAUCUUUGUGGCAUGCUCCGUGGCCACAGUUGAGGUCUGAACCCACCGGUUUAAGGGCACCCGGGUACUCGAAUUCCUCUUUCAUGGAAAUGACACGGAGAACAUUCAAAGGAUAUUUGGGAAGAGAGACUGUGAAAGUAUAUUUUGUUAAUAAUCGCACUCAAUCCUGGACGGGUACAAACCUAGAGGUUCUUAUUAUGAUUUUUUUUUUUGUUCCAAAGUCUAACAAGUUGGUGGUGGAAUAGAGCAACAAUUUCUUCUUUUUUUUGCCGGGGUGGCAAGGAGAUCAUAGCAAACUUGACGUGAGGCCCGCCCGGGCCUUGUGUCCAGUGCCUUUUUUAUCCUCCCUCCCCAACACAGGUCAACUGUUCACGUUUAGUGCCAACACACUUCACAGGUGUUCUUUUCAAGGAAUUGGUGCUUUUAUUUGCCCCCUGUAAGUUCACAGCGUUUAGUGCUAUGAGCAGUCUUGAAACGCACAGGUACUGGAAACAUUACGACAAUGGCACCGAACCACUUCCAGACCUCUUCAAUCAAUGUUUUAUUUUGUUGGACAAGUGAUAAUGAUGAUUAUGUACAUGGUGUUGACAAAUCUAAUCCUGAUUGUAAGUCGAAUUUCAGACCAGCCUUUUAACUGUGGGCGGUCUGUUUUUAAAAAAAAGAACUUUUAAUACAGAUGGCAUUUUUUAAAAACAAAAAUCAUCAGGCUUUGUUCUCUUUUGUUCACUUCUUU